AUGAAAGAGCAUGGCUGGCUGAUUCAGGGCUUGGAUCCACAUGGAAAUCAGGCGAAUGUCUCUGAAGUUCAUGAGGUGAGCAUCUUGCGGGACAAGGCUCCUGCACUUGUUGAGUCAUUGUUGGAAGCACGGCGCUCCAAUCAUGGCCUGGCCCUGACAGACAUCGUCACCAUGAUUGCCGCGUUGGAACGAUUGAUAUUUGAUGAAUCUUUGGCUUUGCUUCGUGCAGCUUAUGCCUUCAACGAUGUCAGCAUGUUUGGAGAAGUGGAGCAGAGCCGGGUGCACGAUGUGCUCACUUCUUACCUUUUGCUCUUUCAGCUGGGCAGCAAAGGAAAUUUGUCUGAUGCACGGUUGCACCGUGCUUUGAAGGCCAGGGUCUCUCGUAGGGAUGACUGGCCUACGGUUGUGGAUUUCCAGAAGGAUGCGGUGAUGAAUUUCAACUAUGCCAAGAAAGACACCUCCAACCCUUUUGUCGAGCCGCGGUACACUUUCGAGGACACUCUGGACAUUGUUGAAGAGCUUGCCCACGGCUAUGGCAAAUGGCAAAACAUGGAGUGUCAGCAGAUGAAGGCGGAUCUCAUGGACCUUGAUGCUGAUGGCGACGGUCGUAUUCCUCUUGGAAAGUUUUAUGGGCGAGUUGAUACGACCAAGUAUCAAUUCACAGAGUCAAUGCGGUACUUGCAAGAAGUUGGUGCGUUGGAUGAAACAGGUACGGAGAAGAAGGUUCGCAUUGCGAACUACUUGCAAGGCCCCUCGAAUUGCAUCGCUUCAUCAACCUACUACUCCGUUUGUUGCUUGAGCGAGUGCGAGGGUGUCUUGAAUGACUUGGAAGUGAAGAUCCAAGCACCAACAGCAGAGCCCAUGCAGCUGCUCCGACUUGUAGGCAACAUUUCUUCUUCCACAGUGGAUGCUCCUCGUCAAUUGCCCUUGGCAAUGUCGGAGAGGCUUCACAAGAUUGCAGCCCAAAAUGGAGGAGAGGUUCCUUUGCAUGGGCGUCUCUUCUCUGAAUGGCUGCAUUUUGCAUUCCCCAACGAGUGCCCAUAUCCACACAUGGUUGAAGAAGCAAAGACUCUUACACCCUCCCAUUGGAUGGACAAGAAGGUGGCCCUGGAGCCAGAGCGGCGAUAUGCACUUGCUUCUGCAGCUCUUGAAGAAAGUGAGUCAACUACAGUGGCUGACAUUGCUUGGGCUUCAGAAGAGGUGCUACAUGUUCAGGAGCCCCAGCUAAUCAAGAGCAACAUCUUCCGCACCAUGAUGCAGGUCGCAGUCUUGUUGACUGUGAUGCGUGCAGCUGCAAGCAACUGGAAGACACUCCGGUCGAUGGGGGCAGAUAGCAUGAAGAAGGACUACCAGCUCCCGCUCUGA